AUGACUAUCAAAAGAGAGUUGGUGCUGAAAGCGGACCGGAAGCUGCCGCCGUACGCGUCUCUUCUUUCGUUGGCCGCCUCAGGAUUCUCUCUCGAAAAGUCGGUGAAAUUCGCCGAUGGACAGAGUUUGGAGCUCAAUUUGUGAGCACUUCCGCCACGGUUUUAGCAUUAACAUGUGAUUAUUUCAGGGACGGAGAGAAGGUGACGAAUGACAUCGAAAUCUCUAGAAUCAUUGCCCAAAGCACUCACGCCGAACGUCUCCUCGGAGCCAGUCUCGAAGAGUUUGCCUUCAUCGACAACCUCCUCAACAUCGUCGCCGGAGCCGUUCAGAAUCCGUCCGUCCUCCUUGACAAGGAGUUUCCCGCCAAGACUCUGGAUCAUGUGACGGCCGUCGAUUUCGCAAUCUUCUCUCUGGCUCACAACAACGCGGAGCUCAAGAAGAAGUUCUCCGCCAUCGUGGACCGAGUGCUCAGAGAGCCGACCGUCGCCGCUGCUCACAACCUCGUCGGACUCUACAAAGUGGCUGCCCCAGCUUCUGCUCCAUCCCAGAAGGGGGCUGCUCAAGGAGCUGCCGCCGGAAAGGAGAAGAAGAAGGACGAGGGAAAGUUCGUGGAGUUGCCGGGAGCUGAGAAAGGAAAGGUCGUGGUCCGAUUCCCGCCAGAGGCCAGUGGAUACUUGCACAUUGGCCACGCGAAGGCCGCCUUGCUCAAUCAGUAUUAUCAGCAGGAGUUCGAGGGACAACUCAUCAUGCGCUUCGAUGACACGAAUCCAGCGAAGGAGAACGCUCACUUCGAGCACGUCAUCAUGGAGGAUCUCGCGAUGCUCAACAUCAUUCCAGACAGAUGGACGCACUCUUCCGAUCACUUCGAACUGCUUCUAACGCAGUGCGAGAAGCUUCUGAGAGAGGGCAAGGCGUACGUGGACGACACGGACACGGAGACGAUGAGGAAAGAGCGCGAGGAGAGACAGGACAGUCGCAACCGAAUGAAUGCGCCGGAGAAGAAUCUGCAGCUGUGGGAGGAGAUGAAGAACGGAACGGCGAAGGGACUCACUUGCUGCGUGCGCAUCAAGAUCGACAUGAAGUCGAACAACGGAGCCAUGAGAGAUCCGACCAUCUACCGGUGCAAGCCGGAGGAACACGUGCGCACGGGACUAAAAUACAAGGUCUACCCGACAUAUGACUUCACGUGCCCUAUUGUCGACAGUGUGGAGGGCGUCACUCACGCACUCCGUACCACCGAAUACCACGAUCGCGACGAUCAGUACUACUUCAUUUGCGACGCGCUCGGUCUUCGUCGGCCGUACAUUUGGGAGUACGCGCGUCUUAACAUGACGAAUACGGUGAUGAGCAAGAGAAAGCUGACGUGGUUCGUCGAUGAGGGACACGUCGAAGGAUGGGACGAUCCGAGACUGCCGACUGUGCGCGGAGUCAUGAGAAGAGGACUGACUGUCGACGGACUCAAACAGUUCAUUGUCGCUCAAGGAGGAUCCCGAUCGGUGGUUAUGAUGGAAUGGGACAAGAUCUGGGCGUUCAACAAGAAGGUCAUCGAUCCUGUUGCUCCAAGGUAAUUUUUUUUUGAAAUCACGGAGAACUCGGAAAGAAACGAAUACAAUUUCAGAUAUACGGCCCUCGAAACAACUGCUCCGUUGGUCCCUAUCGAGCUCACCGACUCCAUCUCCGACGAGACGAGCUCUGUUUCGCUUCAUCCAAAGGCAAGCCAUUUUUCCUUAUAAUAUAUUUGAAGAAGCUAAUUUUCAGAACGCCGAUGUUGGAAGCAAGGAUAUCCACAAAGGAAAGAAGCUUCUUCUCGAGCAAGUCGACGCCGCUGCUCUCAGAGACGGAGAGAUUGUCACUUUCGUCAACUGGGGCAACAUCAAGAUCGGAAAGAUCGAAAAGAAGGGCAACGUCGUCACGAAGAUCACCGCCACUCUCCAACUGGACAACACCGACUACAAGAAGACGGUGAAGGUGACGUGGCUGGGAGACGUGAACGCCGAGGCGGGCAAGACGAUUCCAGUGGUUACUGCUGAGUACGAUCACAUCAUCAGCAAGGCGAUUAUCGGAAAGGACGAGGACUGGAAGCAGUUCAUCAACUUUAAUUCGGUGCACUACACGAAGUUGGUCGGAGAGCCGGCGAUCAAGAAUGUCAAGAAGGGCGACAUCAUUCAAAUCCAGAGAAAGGGAUUUUUCAUCUGCGAUCAGCCGUACAACCAGAAGAGCGAACUCAGCGGCGUCGAGACUCCACUGCUUCUCAUUGCGAUUCCCGACGGACACACCGGAAAGGAGGCCGAGAAGACUCAAAAGGCUCCAGCUGCCGGCACGUCUACGUCAUCGUCAUCCUCUGGAGCUCUUCAAGUCUACCAAGCCAUCGAGGCCCAAGGAACGCUCGUUCGAGAUCUGAAAACGAAGGACGCAAAGAGCCAGGCCACCAAGGAUGCCAUCGCCAAGCUUCUGGAGCUUAAGAAGCAGUACAAGGAGCUCACUGGAACGGAUCACAAGCCUGGUCAGCCACCAGCAGCUCCGGCCGCCCCUGCUUCGGCGCCAGCUGCUUCUGGCUCGGAUGCAGCUCUCGACGUCUACAAUCAGAUCGAUGCUCAGGGCAAUCUGGUUCGUGAUCUGAAAGGGAAGGAUGCCAAGUCGCAAGCGACAAAGGACGCCAUCGCCAAGCUACUCGAAUUGAAAAAGAAGUACAAGGAGCUGACAGGCGCUGAUCACAAACCAGGACAGCCUCCAGCAGCUCCAAUUCCAACUGCCGCCGCCGUCGCUCCAGUUGCUUCUGGAUCCGUUUCCGCUCUCGACAUUUACGAUCAGAUCGAUGCUCAAGGAGCCUUAGUUCGUGACCUGAAGGCCAAGGAUGCAAAGAGCCAAGCGACGAAGGAUGCGAUUGCGAAGCUUCUGGAGCUUAAAAAGAAGUACAAGGAGGUAACAGGCGCCGAUCACAAACCGGGACAGCCACCAGCUGCUCCAUCUCCAUCCGGAGUCGGAUCUGCAGUAGAUGUGUACAAUCAAAUCGACGCUCAAGGAACCCUUGUUCGUGAGCUGAAGACCAAGGAUGCCAAGUCUCAGGAGACCAAGGACGCCAUUGCAAAACUGUUGGAACUGAAGAAGAAGUACAAAGAGCUGACCGGAAGCGAUCACAAGCCAGGUCAACCGCCAGCAGCUCCCGUCGUCGCUGCUGCUCCAAGCACUUCCGCUCCUUCCGGUGGAGCCGCCAUUGCCCAGUCGAUUGAGGCCCAAGGAACCCUUGUUCGUGAUCUGAAAGGAAAGGAUGCCAAGUCGCAAGCGACAAAAGACGCCAUUGCCAAGCUUCUCGAAUUGAAAAAGCAGUACAAAGAGGCGACUGGGAGCGACUACAAACCAGGAGCUGCUCCGGCUGCCCCAGCUCAGGCCGCUGCCACAGCUGCUGCUCCGGCCGUGGACGAGGCUGCACUUCUGAAAGAGAUCGAGAAUCAAGGGGCAGUUGUGCGAGAUGCCAAAGCGAAGGACCCGAAAUCGGUAAAUUCUAGCUGUUAUUUUCAUUAAAUGUUGUUUUCUUUCAGCAAGAAUCGGCUAACGCCAUCAACAAACUGCUGGCUCUGAAGGCAAACUUCAAGAAGGUCACCGGCAAGGACUUCCCAGCGACAGCCAACGUCCAAUCGAAAAAAGGAAAGAAGAAGUAG